AUGCCGCCCUUCUGCAGGAAUGCAAAGUUGGGCCUCCUUUCUUUCCUGAUUUCUGCUGGAAGGAGCUCAUUACCUUUGGGAAAGGAUGCCUUUUGGUUAGAAAGAAUUGAAAAACAUAAAAUCCUCUGGGAAAAGGCUCAAAAUCAGAAAAUGAGAUACAAGUCUUCUUUGGUGAUGAGGAAGCGGUUACGGCUUUACCGAAAUACCCUGAAAGAGUCAAGUAGCAUCUCUGGACACCAUGGGCCCCAGGUCUCCGCUGCUUCCUGCCCCUCGGUGUUUUCCGGCCUCCACGAGCAGCCUCCCCAGGCCUCCCCCAGCCGUCCUCUGAAUGGACUUCUGCAUCUGGGGCUCCCUGGAGACAUGUAUGCGCGGCCCGAAACCUUCGCGCCGGGGCCAGCGGCCCGCAGCGACGCUUUGGCGGCGGCCGCAGCUCUGCACGGCUACGGGGGCAUGAACCUGACCGUGAACCUCGCUGCGCCUCACGGUCCCGGCGCCUUCUUCCGCUACAUGCGCCAACCCAUCAAACAAGAGCUCAUCUGCAAGUGGCUGGCUGCCGAUGGCCCCGCGCCCCCGCGCCUCUGCUCCAAAACUUUCAGCACCAUGCACGAGCUGGUCACACACGUCACGGUGGAGCACGUCGGCGGCCCGGAGCAGAGUAACCACAUCUGCUUCUGGGAGGAGUGUCCGCGCGAGGGCAAGCCCUUCAAAGCCAAAUACAAACUUGUAAAUCACAUCCGCGUGCACACGGGCGAGAAGCCCUUCCCCUGUCCUUUCCCGGGGUGUGGGAAAGUCUUUGCUAGAUCAGAAAAUCUCAAAAUACACAAACGAACUCACACAGGCGAGAAGCCUUUUAGGUGCGAGUUCGAGGGCUGUGAGCGGCGCUUCGCCAACAGCAGCGACCGCAAGAAGCAUUCGCACGUGCACACGAGCGACAAGCCCUACACGUGCAAGGUGCGCGGCUGCGACAAGUGCUACACGCAUCCCAGCUCGCUGCGCAAGCACAUGAAGGUGCACGGGCGCUCGCCGCCGCCGCCUAGCUCUGGCUACGACUCGGCUACACCUUCUGCUCUCGUGUCGCCCUCGUCAGACUGCGGCCACGAACCUCCUCCGGUGGCCUCCUCCGCGGCGGUGGCGGCGCGUGGCACCGACCUGAGCGAAUGAUGUCCACCGCGUUGCUCGCAAGGUAAUCUCGCCCUGCGCAGCUGAGCGCCCACAUCUCGCACCCGCGACAUCAAAGGGCCCGCGCACAAAGCAGCGCUUCUUGCCACGGUGCAUCUUCAUGGUAAGUUAGGAUUUCUAUGGCAAUGGGCAAGUCGCACUGAAAUCCUGAAAGGCCGAGCCUGGAGCCCGUCCAGGCUUUUCAUUAAGGACAUAAUAUUUACGUCUAACGGGCCUUUUUUCUUGUGUAUACAAGUAUAUAUUUUUGUUUGACGCGGACUAAAUCAUUUUCAUUUAAUUUCCGGUAAACAAAA